CCUCCUAACACACCUACCUCUGAUACAUACCUCUGAUACAUACCUCUGCCUCGGCCUACGUACAUCAUAACUUAUCAAACCCCCAAACACGUCUCGAGGUGUUGGGUCGGAUGGAAACUACAUAGGGACAAUGAGCCACUAGAUACCUCAGUCCGGGAAUAGGAGAUGGUACAUGUGUGCGCCUGGUUAUAAUCACGUCUCCGUAUCUGUAAUUUCUAAUCACGACCUACCCAGUCGUAUCGGCGAAUUGGAAAUGAGAGACUAUGUAUAUUACCACGCUCAGGUGUGGUAGGGAAGGUGGGCAUGUUGUACGUUACCUACUUGCUCAAUAGUCGGGCGUUGCAACGACACGGAACGGGUGAAGAUAGCCGGGCCUUCGUGCUGCGAGACCACGCAGCACGCAGUGUUUUUGUUGGCGCAAAUCUGCAGAUCUUGUUAGUAAUAGCACCUUGGUUUCCUUUCCUUCCAGUUUUUAUUUUAUUUGACUUAAUUAACGGGCACGCGGUGGUGCUAGUCCAAGUUGCGACUAUAAGGUUCGGUUAUACGGAUCGGAUGGAUCUAGAAGUUAAUUUUUUUCGGUAGGAAAAAAUAAGUUUACGGUAGUGUUGUAUUCCUGAAGCCGGCGGGUAGGCAGGUAAACACAGUGUACAUUGGACUUUGC